AUGGAGAGGCGACCAAUUGGAUCAAAACUAAGAGAGGAAUACGACAAAGGGCCCGUUAUCACCAUUCCAGUUCUUGUUGGUGACGGAGUGAAAAGAUAUAUGAGAAAUCUCAGACUGAUGUGGCACCUUUUCGAGUGGGCUUCUAGUUUGAAAAUCAACAGAGAUAAGUCUGAGCUCUACUACCUUGGACAGACUGAGGGCAAAGCGGCAAGUCUAGCGAACUUGCUUGAUUGCAAAGUUGGCACCUUCCCCACCACCUACUUAGGAUUUCGCCUCUCCACAAAACCCCCUACAAAGGAGGCAUGGAGAGAGGUAAUUCAGAAAUUGCAACACAGAAUCGAUGGAUGGAAAGCCAAACUCCUCUCAAGAAAGGGUAGACUUAUUCUGGUGAACACUAUGCUUACUAACCUACCUCUUUACUUUCUGUCGGUAUUCAAGGCACCCAGUUGGGUGAUCAAGCGCAUCGAAGCCCUACGUAGAGAUUUCUUUUAG